AUGCCACUUAUUUUAAAUGUAAGUGUUCUUUUAUUUUUAAAACAGAAAGACCUACUUGAUGACCUCCUUCAGAUGAUGCUGAAAAUCAAGGGGUCUGGGAAAUCGGGUCAUCAUCUAGUACCCAAGAGAGAAGAUUAUCCUGCUUUUACAGCAUACAGAUCAUCUCCACAGUCUCUGUCUGUGAACGAGAUCGUCAAGUUCGAUAAAGUAUGGACAAAUAAUGCAGAUGGAUACGACCCUAGCAGCGGUGUUUUCACAGCUCCAUUAUCAGGAUUGUACCAUUUUGCAGCAGUUGUCAUGUCUUCGAGUGUAGGAAAUAUGUAUUUAAGGCUCUUUCACAACAACGAUAACAUAACAUCAACCCGAACCAAGGUUAAGGGAUACAUGACCGGAACGUUUGAUGUAGUGUUGACGUUGAAAAAGGAAGACAAGAUAUAUAUUAAAUCCGGACAUAACAGUCAGUCCAUUUUCAGUGAUGGUAAUAACUACAGUACCUUUUCAGGAAACCUUAUUGUCACCUAAACAAUUAAAUUAUAAAACUACA